AUGCAGGCUCCGGUGGUGGUAAUGAAUACCCAGAAUGGGGAUAGGCAAGUUGGCAGGAAGGCCCAGAUCUCCAAUAUUACAGCUGCGAAGACCGUGGCAGAUAUCAUUCGAUCAUGUCUUGGGCCGAAAGCAAUGCUUAAGAUGCUGCUGGACCCUUUGGGCGGUAUUGUCUUAACAAACGACGGUCACGCAAUCCUCAGAGAAAUCGAAGUUGCCCACCCCGCCGCCAAAAGUAUGAUCGAGCUCAGCCGAACACAAGACGAGGAGGUUGGCGACGGAACCACCACGGUUAUCAUCUUAGCUGGUGAAAUUCUGGCCUACGCACUUCCGCAACUCGAGCGAAAUAUCCAUCCGGUCGUCAUUAUUUCUGCCUUCAAGCGUGCUCUCAACGAUGCCCUUGCCAUAGUGGAGCAGAUCUCUAUUCCAGUCGAUAUUGAUGAUGACAAGGCAAUGUACAGUUUAAUACAGUCGUCAAUUGGCACAAAGUUUGUCUCCCGAUGGUCUGAGCUUAUGUGCGGUCUCGCGUUAAAAGCUGUGCGCACUGUGUCACUCGAUGCUGGAGGCGGAAAAAGGGAGGUCGAUAUUAAACGAUAUGCCCGUGUCGAGAAAAUCCCGGGUGGUCAAAUUGAAGACAGCGAGGUCAUUGACGGAGUAAUGGUCAACAAGGAUAUCACGCAUCCAAAAAUGAGACGGAGAAUAGAGAACCCCAGAAUCAUCCUCCUCGAUUGUCCUCUGGAAUACAAGAAGGGAGAGUCACAAACGAACAUUGAGAUUUCGAAAGAAGAGGACUGGAAUAAGAUUUUGCAAAUUGAAGAAGAGCAGAUUAAGCAUAUGUGCGACGCGAUUCUGGCCCUCAAGCCUGAUUUGGUUAUCACUGAAAAGGGAGUAUCUGAUUUGGCCCAGCAUUUCUUGGUUAAGCACAAUGUCACGGCUUUGCGAAGAGUCAGAAAGACUGAUAAUAACCGUAUUGCUCGUGCAACGGGAGCUACCAUUGUUAACCGCGUUGACGAUCUCCAAGAGUCGGACGUGGGAACUCAAUGCGGCCUAUUCGAGAUCGAGAAGAUCGGCGAUGAAUAUUUCUCCUUCAUGCGAGAAUGCAAGCAGCCAAAGGCCUGCACUAUUCUACUAAGAGGGCCCUCGAAAGACAUCCUUAACGAAAUCGAGAGAAACCUGCAAGAUGCCAUGUCGGUCGCCCGGAACGUUAUCUUUCAUCCGCGUUUGUCUCCUGGUGGCGGUGCUACUGAGAUGGCUGUUUCGGUCAGGCUAGGCCAGUUGGCUCGGUCCAUUGAAGGCGUCCAGCAAUGGCCAUACAAAGCUGUCGCUGAGGCAAUGGAAGUGAUCCCGCGAACAUUGGCUCAGAACGCGGGACAGAAUCCUAUUCGCAUUUUGACAGGGCUCCGAGCUAAGCAGGUGGAAGGGCAUAGCAGCUACGGUAUUGAUGGAGACACUGGUGCUGUUGUUGAUAUGAAAGAGUACGGCGUGUGGGAACCUGAAGCAGUCAAACUACAGAGCAUUAAAACUGCUGUCGAGUCCGCAUGUUUGCUGCUCCGUGUUGAUGAUAUUUGCAGCGCUAAAUCUUUGAAGCAGGCCGCUAAUAUGGGCGGUGGCGAGGAGUAG